UCGGUGUUAUUGUGAACUUGUAAAGUGAAUUUUUUUUUUUUGUUAGGUAUUUGUUGUAAGUUGUUGUUCUUCUUCUUGACUCUUCACUCUUGUGACUUGGGAGUGAAGUUUCAAGUAAACUCAUUAGAUAUUCAGUAUAUGAGCCGUAUAACAAAACACGAUUUACGACUCACGAGUUCAUGUAAACAAUAUUAUUAAUUUAGUCGGUUUACUUUCUUCCUAUAUUUAGUGCUUCUGCAUUCAGUAUUUAUCAGUUACAAAUUAUUUACAAUUUUUCAUUAUAUAAUAAUAUAACUUUAAACAUAGUGUAAUGGGUGAAGACAAAGAAAGGGAACGAGACAGGGGAGAAAGAGGAGAACGUGAUAAAGAACGUGGUGAAAGACGGAGACGUUCACGAUCUAGAGAUCGCGAACGACAUCGCCGACAUAGAUCAAGGAGCCGCGAAGGACGUAAACGUAGUAGAUCUAAGUCACCUAAAAAUAAAUCUAGACGUAGAAAGCCAUCUCUCUAUUGGGAUGUUCCUCCUCCAGGUUUUGAACAUAUUGCACCACUUCAAUAUAAAGCCAUGCAAGCUGCUGGACAAAUUCCAGCGAAUACAAUGCCAGAUACCCCUCAAACAGCUGUCCCUGUUGUUGGAUCUACAAUUACACGCCAAGCUAGACGAUUGUAUGUUGGAAACAUACCAUUUGGCGUAACUGAGGAUGAAAUGAUGGAGUUCUUUAAUCAACAAAUGCAUUUAUCUGGAUUAGCUCAAGCUGCUGGUAAUCCAGUGCUUGCGUGUCAAAUUAAUUUAGAUAAAAAUUUUGCAUUUUUGGAGUUUAGGUCUAUUGAUGAGACUACGCAAGCAAUGGCUUUUGAUGGUAUUAAUUUCAAAGGCCAGAGCUUAAAAAUAAGACGACCACAUGAUUAUCAACCAACACCUGGAAUGACCGAGAGUAAUCCAGUAACCAACUAUAAUUCUGGAAUGACAUUAGAUAUGAUGAAAUAUGAUUCCAGUUCAUUUGGUAUUGGAACAGUUCCAGAUUCACCACACAAAAUAUUUAUUGGAGGAUUACCAGCAUACCUUAAUGAUGAACAGGUGAAAGAACUACUUACAUCAUUUGGUCAAUUAAAAGCAUUCAAUUUGGUUAAGGAUGCUGCCACUGGUUUAAGUAAAGGUUAUGCGUUCUGCGAGUAUGCUGAUGUAGUAAUGACUGAUCAGGCCAUUGCUGGUUUGAAUGGUAUGCAAUUAGGAGAAAAGAAAUUAAUUGUACAGAGGGCUAGUAUUGGAGCUAAGAAUCCUGGGCUUGGUCAAGUACCUGUCACAAUUCAAGUCCCUGGACUUACAGUUGUGGGAACUGCAGGACCUCCAACUGAGGUCUUAUGUUUACUGAAUAUGGUAACUCCUGAUGAAUUAAAAGAUGAAGAAGAAUAUGAAGAUAUCCUAGAAGAUAUUCGUGAAGAGUGUAAUAAAUAUGGCGUUGUUCGUUCACUAGAAAUUCCACGACCUAUUGAAGGAAUUGAUGUGCCUGGUUGCGGAAAAGUGUUUAUAGAGUUCAAUGCUAUUACUGACUGUCAAAAAGCACAACAAGCUUUGGCAGGUCGAAAAUUCAAUAACAGAGUUGUGGUUACUUCUUUCAUGGAACCAGACAAAUAUCAUAGAAGAGAAUUUUAAUUACAAUAAAUUUAAACUAAUAAAAACAUUUGAAUUUUUUUUAACAUUAAUUUAAAUUAUAGAACCCCACAAUAUUAAAUUGUGACCUUUAAACUAGUAACAUAACUCUUAGAUGCAUCUUUUUUAGUUUUUGUGAGAAAUUAUUUUAUUUGACUUGAAUAUUACCUACAUUAAAAACAAAUAAUUCCUCUUA